AUAGUAGUUAUAUUCUUGUACAUAAAGGGCAGAAUUGUAGUAGUUAUAUUUCUGUACGUUGGGGGUGAACACUAAUGAUAAGAUGUAAUACACAAUGAUCAGAUCUGUUAUACAUUCUAUGUUCUUUGUUUUGCAGUGUUGACAGUAGAAAAUGUAGGUGAGUUUUUGUAUUCUUACCAAUACAUAUAUAAAUGAAACAGAACUUCUGCACAUUUUUAUUGUAAAGGCAAGGGCAUUGAUGUACUACAAUGCACACUUUAAAGGAAUAGACAGGUAAAUUGUACUUUAAUUCUUAUACACAUGAGAUGGUAUUACCGUAGUCUAUCCAGUAGUAUAUCAGUGAAGACCGCAGCAAUGGCUUACCUCACAUUUCUUUUUACAGAGGCAGCAGUCGGCCCGGUGGUGGCUUUUAACCCACAAUGGAACAAAAUCUUCACAGGAGAGUCUAUAAAUAUGACAUGUGAGGCGUCAAACAUGACUGGGGAAGAAGAGGUCACAUAUCACUGGUUUAAAGAUGGUGACUGGAUACACUCAGGAAAAUCCUUGACAAUAUCAUCUGCACAAAAGUCCAACAGCGGCAGCUACCAAUGCCAGACAAAUCCUGGCGAUAGAAGUGACUCUGCCAUACUGGAAGUUUAUAAUAACUAUCUCAUCUUACAAGUGCCUCCAUACGCUUAUGAAGGAGACAACCUCACCCUACGAUGCCACCAUUACCCUGGAUAUACGGCAGGACAGACUAUAUUUUACAGGAAUAAUGCGGUUAUAAAAGACGGGGGUCGAGAAGAUGAACUACAGAUUGUAAAUGUCAACAUAACAUCAAGUAGCAAAUACAAAUGCACAAAGCAGGUCUACCGCCAUCUAUUGUAUUACCAGCACUCAGAUGAAGCCCCCAUUUCGGUUCAAGAACUGUUCUCAAUCCCAACAAUAAGACUGAGCUCUCAUUCAGUGACAGUGGGGGACAACGUGACCCUGACAUGUCACACCAGUCUUAGUCCCCUCAGGAAGACCACGGUACUGGAAUUUGCCUUCAAACGAGAUGGAAAGAUUAUUCGAGAGUUCAGCUCCUCCAAUAAAUAUGAAAUUACAUCUGCAAAACAGCGACAUUCCGGGGAUUACGAGUGCGAAGUCAAGACGUCUGGUGAAGGGAUAAAGAAGAUGAGCGCAACGUUAACUAUACUGGUGAACAGGACUGGCGAGCAUGAACUGUUUAAUCAAUCGGCGAUAGAAGUGACAUCACAACCAGGGAUGAGUCACGUUAUCAUAGCAGUUUCAGCGACUUCAAUGGUCCUAAUCAUCAUUGUCACUGCCCUGAUCUUACUGUACAAAGCAAGACAAAACAACCAACAACCAUCAAAAGUAGCUGAUUCGGAAGCACCUGAUGAAAUUGAGAACAUUUAUACAGAUCUGGACACGAAUACCACGUGGCGAGACUCUUCACAGAAUCCCCAUAAAACAAUCGUGUACAAUCCAGCGACAGAAAACCCGGUCAUCGUGUGUUAAUUUAAUGGAUUCUUGGAUGAUCGUCCAAAGAAAUUUUUUCUUAAUGACCAUUCCCUACCUCUCAGAAGGACGCCAUCUUUCUUAUGGAAUAUAGGAGAGACUGACACCCUCUAUGCAGUAUCUUGUACUGUAAACGCAUCACCAAGCUUGUCAUUUUCGACCUGGAUCUGAUAUGUUUCUUAAAGGGGUAUUCCGGCCAAAGGCAUCAUCUCCCCAUAGGGGAUGAGAUGUCUGAUUGCGCGGGGGGGGGGGGUCCGCCGCUGGGACCCCCAUGGUCUCCGUACAGCACCUGCAUUCUAUGUGGGGCUGCUACUCCAGUCUCGGAAACCUCCACGCCCCCUCGUGACGUAACGCCACACCCCCUCCAUUUAUGUCUAUGGGAGGGGGCGUGACGUGACAUCACGUCUCCAGUGCCGGAAACACUUAGGUUUCCGAGACUGGAGUAGUAGCCCCACAUAGAAUGCAGGUGCUGCACGGAGAUCGUGUGGGGUCCGCGCGGAAUGCUCCACGCGAUCAGACAUAUUAUCCCCUAUCCUUUGGAUAGGGGAUAAGAGGUCUUUGGCCGGAAUGCUCAGCCAGCCAGCGUUUGGAAUAAACUGUUCCGAACACCGGAGCUCGUGACGUCAUAGCCCCGUCCCCUCAUGACAUCAUGCCCCGCCCCCUCAAUGCAAGUCUAUGGGAGGGGGCGUGACGGAUGUCACGCCCCCUCCCAUAGAUUUGCAUAGCACAGUAUUGAGGGGGCGUGUCGGCCGCCGCUUCGUGUGCUGGUCGACACCCGCUAUCUGGCCAGCGAGCCGGGGCCCCGUACAGGAGAUCGCGGGGGGCCUCAGCAGUCGGACCCCCCGCUGUCUGAAACUUAUCCCCUAUCCUUAGGCUAGGGGAUAAGUUUUUCAGCACUGGAGUACCCCUUUAAGCCUAUAGUCAACCUUUCAUGUAAUGCAAUAUCCUGUGUAUACUAGAAUAGAACUACUAUAGUGUGUACGGCAUCUUUUCCAGCACCACCCUGGUUGUUUUUUUUAUUGGUGUUUCAUUGUUUCUAAUACCUUUCAUUACAUUUUUAAAAGAUGAUAAAUAAACAUAUGUAAUUUUAUAAAGAUUGGAGUUUGUAGCUCUAUUUUUUGUGCUUGGUGUAAAUUUAUUCGAGAGGGUACACAUCCA